AUGCCCGCUAAGCGCAAGUCUGACCAAAUGGAUACCACGCCCACGGGCAGUCCUACCAAGAAAAUGCGCCUCACACAGCAGCAGAAGCAGGCGCUGAUGGACAAUCUACAACUCGAAAUCACUGAGCGUGCACGCAAACUUCGUGCCCAAUAUGCCCUCCAGGCAAACGACCUUCGCGCGCGCAUUGACCGACGCGUAAACCGAAUCCCAGUCUCGCUCCGCAAGGCCAACAUGGGCGAUUUGCUCGACAAACACAAUAUCGCCUCGAGCAAGCCAAAUAUGGCAUCGCCAUCCCGGAAAUAUUCACCUGUCAAGACCUCGCGUAAUAUCAGCAAACCCGUUGACACAGAAGCACGCGACGGCAAAUACCGGAGGGGAAGCCACGAUGGUCUCUACUCUGAUAAAGAGAAUGCCCAUGCAAGUGGGGAGCCAGACGGUCUCAAGAACCCUAAGCGUCGCGUCAAACCAGCCGCAGCAGGCGGGGCAUCACGCGUAGUAUCUCAAGAAGUCCGAGGCAACGAGAAUCGGAUCCUGUCACCCAAGUCUAACAACUCCCGAACCUACCCUCACUCACCCUUCCGCGCAUCCCCAGAGAAGGGUCAACCCUCAUACCUGUCGCGUCCUACAUCUCCAUUGAAGCCGUUGAGCCCAUUGAGAUCACGUGGUGCCACAGUCUCAGCAGUAAAGGACCAGCGUCCCCCUUCUCAAACACAACGACCCACCAAUCGUGCCGCCACAGGACCCAAGUCUGGCCACUCCCCAUUACCGCGUCCUGCAACCCGACAGGGCGAACGCAAGAACAGUACCGGAUCCACAGCUUCAUCUGGAACCACGGUUAUCAAGCCUACCCGCACUGGUGCUGGCGCUCGCAAGGUAACGACGGCGUCUACCGCGGCGGCUGCUAAGAAGCCUGCGCCUCGCAUGCAGGCCGCAUCAGUGGCAGUGAAGAAGACUGCCAACACUGCCGCCAUGCGCAAGACUACCGCUCCAGCUGCAACCGAGACAGCCACGCGUACUCGAGCUUUGCGCAAGCGCAUCUAA